AGAAUAUUGUAAUUUUAGCGAAGCAAUGGCAAAAUAAUGGAUUGUAAAUGAUGACGAUGGAAUACAAUCAUCUGUGAAGUGGUGUUGGGUGUUGUGGUGAUGGUGUGGCCGCGUCCAGUAAGCGGUAACUUCAGUUUACUGAAUCAGGCAACAAUAUAUGUUGCUCACUCAAAGUGCAUCGCAAACACAAGGGUUUGCGAUGCAUAAUACGGAGUAGUACAGAGCCUCGUACCACAGGCCUUCCCCUCUUCCUUCCCUGUGGCUGUAGUCACUCUCCCCUCACCCUCACUGCUAGCUUAACUAUCACCAUCUCUCCCACACUCUAAUAUACAGAGCUCAAGGACAGCAACGUCUUUCUAUAGCUCUAUUGGCUCUGUAAGAAAUACAUAUUUGAUGGAUGGAGGUUAUAUGAAGAUAAUAUCGGCGUUGAAACCCUUAGAGAAGGCAUCUUGCUAGCAGCGGUGCACGCCAUCUCUGUGGAGUUUGUGAUACUAAGGCAAGAAAUGUUUGGAGUGUGUUGAGAGAGGCGAGGAGCAGAGGGGGUGAAGUCCAGGCCAAGUGUGUUGAAGUGUUGACCAGCGUCUUAAGGCGCCAUGGUGUCGACGCUGCACAUCACUCUCAGCUGCAACCAGCCGGGCGCUCAGUGCCUGGGGAGGAGCCUCUCCUGCGAGGAGACUAAUCUCUUGGGCUACGGUGCCACUCCGUCCCUCACUGCUACGUCCAGGAACACCUCCCUCUCCACCUCCAGCGUGUUCGGCACACCUUCUCCUUAUACACGAGUCUCCAAACCUUCGUCGACACAGAAUCUGUUGGCGCCGACGCCCUAUAGCCCAAGCUCGUGUGUCAAAUCAGCCUCAUGGUCGCCAGUGAGAUUUAACCCAGCAGAACGCGUGAAAAAUUUCGGUAGUCAAACAGCAGCGUGCAGAACCGGACGUAGAGUGAACCCAGACAAAGGUGCAGUGACGGAGGGUGACGCCGCUAGCCUUGUAGGGGUUAACAAUCCUUGUGGUAACAAGUUGGCUCUUGUGCCGCCCACUCUGGUAUCACACUGGUCUUCCGCAGACACCUCCCUCCAGGACUCCACCAAGUUCACUCGGGUGCCAUUCCUCAAUUCUAUUUGUAAGUCUUCAAGUGCUAGUCAGGUCCCGUCCCCAAGUGCUUGUCAAGAGUUCUCUGCUGGUGCGCCUCAGCGGUUAUCUUCAAGCUUCUGCCAAAGGCCUUUCACCGCCGCUACCCAGCGACCAUCUCCAAGUGCUUCCCAGUGGCCUGUUAACGCCACCAGAAGGCCGUCUACCUCCGUUACCGAGACUCCACCUCACAGUCUAGCCCUAGGAACAUCCUCCUCCCUUACCCAAGGAUUAUUUAGUUCUCAAGAACCAUCUAAAUCUGUCCAAAACCCAUCUAGAUCUACAGAAGGAAAAUCGGGAUCUUCCCAAUGGCCUUCAACUCGAGAACUAUUCAGAAAUGACCCAGAACCCUCGAGAUCUAGCCAAUGGCCAACUAAAUCACCCCAAUGGUUAUCUAGGUCCUCACAGGGAUUAUCUAGACCUGUUCAAGAAUUAUCUAGCGAGGCCCAGCGGCUCUCUUCACACGGGAUCGAAGGGCCAUCUCUUGUGACUAAAAAAGGCACAUCUACCUCAUCUUUCAAAAAACUAUCUACGUCUACUCAAGCUUCGUUAAGAUCCAUCCCGGUACCUCUUAGCACUGUUGACCAACCUACGUCUACCCCAGGGCCAUCUACCACAACUCAGGAGGUAUCUACUUCUAUCCAACGGCCAUUGAAUGCUACCCAAAAGUCAUCUAGAUCUAUCAAGAUAGAACCUAGCACUACCGAGAAGUGUUCUAGUGCUACCCGGUUAUCUAGCACUACUGGGCAGCCCAACUCUACCCAGGAUCUACCAAGUGUUACAGAGGGCCCCACUACCCAGGGCCACUUAAACGCUACCAAAGGGUCAUCUAGAUAUACCCAGAGGCCAUCUAAGUCUAGCCAGAAAUCAUAUCCCGCUGCUGCAAGAGAAUUUCUCCAUAAUGCUCUAGGAUCGUCAGCUAGCUCUACCCAAGUACCAUCUACCAAAGAACCAUCUACCAAAGAACCACCUACGAGCUCUACCCAAGUACCAUCUACCAAAGAACCACCUACAAGCUCUACCCAAGUACCAUCUACCAAAGAACCACCUACAAGCUCUACCCAAGUACCAUCUUCUACCAGCUCUUCCACAGGACAAUCUGCCGGUGAUAUCAAAGAAUCUCCUCCCAGCAUCACCCAAGGAACAUCUCCUAGUGCCACAAAGAAGCAGCUUCUGGGAGACACUGCCUGGCUCUCCGUCAGCGUCCCCAGCUCCGUCUCCAGCACGUCUCCUGUGUCUCCCUCCACUCCUUGGAGACAUGUCCCCAGUCGUCUCAACCCAAUCUCCUUCCAACGCUUCGAGAACAGCGUGCAGGGAGGUGGUGGGAGUAAAGGCGUGGGCGGGGGUGUGAUGGAGGAUGGCGCCGCCCUCGCCUCCGUAGCUGCCCGUGUCUCCUCCUCCGCUCCGCGUAAAGCCAACUCUCUUCCUGGUUAUUACAGCCGUGGCUCCUCGCAUCAACCCUCCUUCCGCGAGGCCUUCAACACCAGCAAGAGCCCGACACCGCCUGUCCGGCAUGAUGCUGCCCCUGCUGCCCCGCCCCGGGGACCAACCAGCCCCCGGGCGACCAGAGUCUCUGCCCUCAUGCCUAGCGUUACCCUCCAACAGCGCCAAUUGCAACAGCAACGCUCAAUACAACAACAACAGCAGCAGCAACAACAACAACAGCUGCAGCAACAACAACUGCAGAAGCAACAGCUGCAGAAACAGCAGCAACAGCACCUGCAGCAGCAACAACAGCAGCAGCUGCAGCAACAGCAACUACACCAGCCACAUUAUCAGGAACUGCAAAAACAACAACAACAGCUGCAGCAAAAUCAACAACAAAGAGCUCAGCAGCAGCAGAAAAAUCAGCAACAGCAGAGGUUGCUUCAACAACAGCAGCACGAACAACAACAAAAGCAAAAACAACAGUUGGUGCAACAAACACAAAGAGAUCAGAAGCAACAAAGGCAGCAGCGGCAGCAAGAACCAACUCCAGGCAAACCCACACCUCAGUUAGAAAAGAAGAAGCGAUCUCUUCUGAGUGGUAUUUUCAGGCGUCGGAAAAAGGAGGUAAGCAGCAGCUCUAGCAGCAACACCAGCAAUAGUGACAGUGAGGAGCCACCCCAACGGAGAACAUUUCUUCGUCGUCGAACAAAGAAAAAGGAGGCCAAAGAAAAGGAGCCUUCUCUUCCACCUGCCACUGCAGAUGCUCCAACUCUGGGCAAUGCGCGGGUCACGGCAGAUGAUUUUCCUGGGCAGAGUAUAGAGCCUCGUACGCAGGAGAUCAACACGAUGUUACUGGCGGAGAACAACAGCAGACGGGUGAGAGUGGCGACCACCACUACGGGGAGUCUGGGCAGGGAUACACAGCCAUUAGGUAUUCCCCUGUUGAUGCCACAACCAGGCAAACUUUCAAAAAUUGGGGUUUCUGCAUCACAUGAUUCUUUACCAGUGAGUCUGGGAUCAUGGGGAGGGGGUGGCUCCCAUGCUUCCCUUGGGUACUAUUCAGGAGGAGGGAUGGGCACGCGCAGCUCCAGCACAGACACCAUAAGUAAAAAAGAGCGUCGAGAAGCCCUUAAGGCACGAGUGGAGCGACUACGUGACAAGUUCAAGGAUACAAGUUCUGAUGAGGAGAAGGCAUCUGUGUCAUCACAUUCUAUGUAUGGCAGCGAAUAUAGUCUUUCUAAAACAAAUUCUCUGAGCAGACGUACAAGAGCAGCGCGAACUGAACGGUUCCUCAGGAGGAAGUCUCAGGAGCUGGAGACUCUACGUAAUGAGACUGAGAAGGACCGCCGAAAUCGUGAAGUAGUGCAAGCCAGAAUUGAAGAAAUCCAGCGAGUGCGUGAAUUUGAAGCUGAGAGAAAUAAAAUUAAUGCUGAAAAGCAACAGAUCCCAGACAAAAGCAAGCCAAAAUGGUCAGCAAAGCUUGUGUAUCAGGAAUCAAGUGAAUACGAGUCGUCGGUUCUCUUACGAACACCGUCAGUGAGUCCAGCAGCAAGCCCUCACAUGAAGGCUAAAUUCCAGGGCCACAUUCCACCCAAUACCACUAAUGCCAAGGAAGCUGUGACUAUGAGACAAAAGCCACAAACGCCACACAUGUCUGUGACCGUCUCAUUAGCUCCUCCAUCUGGGACACAAAUGAGAAGAAGCUUUCAAGAUUUUGAAACACCAUUUCAGAAUGAUCUUAGAGGUCACCGAAGUGCCUCAUAUGAUAGUAAUAUCAAUAGAAAUUCCUUUUUAAUGCAACCACCAUCCGGAUUUAAUUGUAGUGGUGCUCAAACUGCUAAUGUAAUACCACAAAGCAGGUCUGGUCAGAUCCCUCCUGCUCCACCUCCCAGAGACAGAAGCAGGAUAAUGUCACCAGGAGAUGGCAGGCCGAUGUCAUUUUCCUUUGAGAACCUUAACCAUGAGACCCAGCGCCCAAAUUCGAGUCAAUCAAGCAUGAGUAACUUUACAAAAGGUUCCAGUCCCAGUCCAAGCAUUCGUUCUGUGCCGGCUUACCUGGGUCCAAGACCGAGCAAUCAGCUUAUUGGACAACCGCCUCCUAUGGUACCCAACCGGCGUUCCUUCUCUGAACUGGAAUUAUCUCCCCAGCAACAAAUACAAACAAAGUCCAACUCUGGGGCUCCACCUUCGAGACCAGCACCUCCAAUGUAUCCAUCAACACAGUAUAGAUACACAGACCAGCCUCCAAAAUCCUUUCAACAGAACCAAUGUUGUAGAGUUCAACAACAACAGCAGCAACAGCAGCCAUUGCAACACACUCAAAACCAGACCUCCAACCCUCAGCUGUUCUACACUGACCAGGCACCUCAGUAUGCUAAAAUUGUCCCUAUUAGCAGUGUGCCUCCGUCUCCAUCAUCAGAUUAUUCCUCCUACAUGAGUGACAACAGUGUUAGACUACAGCAAGCUAACACAAUAUGGAGACAAAGGGAACAGGAAAUAAAGAACAAAAUAACAGCUAUGCAGAGUGUUACUUCUCAAGUUUUGAGCGACUCUUCACGCUCUAACAGUCCUAAACUGGAUGGUUAUUGUUCCAAUGGUGUGGCAUCAUCUCCGGUGACACAGCACACUGAUGACACCUAUGGUAUUAUAGAAUCUAAAAAGCCUCGCCCUCCGCCUCUAACUUUGAAGCAAGCAGAAUCUCUCAGCUCACUCUCUGGUCAGAGUGAUGUCUCCAGUCCAGUUCCAAAAGCUCCAGAUUCGGAUUCCAGCCAAAGUAGUCUAGCCAGGGAAAAGAAAAAGCUUAUUCAGAACAGACCACUCUCCAUGGUAUUGGAAAAGUCUGAGUCAGGUGAGAAAGAUUCUCCCCCAAAUACCCCGAAGUCACGGCCGCAACCUCCGAGGAGAGGAAGUAAGCAGCUGACCACCCCGGGCCGAGAGAUCACAAAACGACAAAUGCUGCAGGAGAUCAUGAAACAUAAAUUAGAACACCCGCAGGAAAAAACCUAUCAGAAGGAGUUUGAAGAAAUGUACAGAAAAGAGAAAGAAAGAUUAGAAAGAAGCAAAUGCAGCAAUUUUGAGGAGGCACUUAAAGAGCUGGAAGAAAUCUAUGCCAGUCUAAAGUUGGACAGUGAAGACCUCCUGGACCGAGCAGAACGUAGGGACUUACCCGUGCAGCACCAGAAGCUGAAAGAAGAUGGGCAAGAUAUGCACGACUCCAUUAGCGAAACUGGAGAGGCAGAUUCUACAGCACACGGCCGAGGGAGAUCACGAACACCAAAACUGAGGAGGGCUGGAGUGCCUGAUGUGAAGGCCGAUGACAUGCACUACCGCCGGUGCCAGCAGAGCACACGUAACCAGCCUGACGUGCAGAAGGCGCUGCAGAUGACAGGUAGCUACUUGCUGGUAUCUGCAGUUCAUGUCCCACCAACUGAUAUUGAUAAAAAUGUGCCAAAGGACCCAAUGUUAGAGGGGCAACCAGAUAUUGUAUAUGAUGAUGUAUCAUAUAGAAAUAUCAAGCAGGCUAACUCCAUAAAGGUUAUAGAUCCACAACCACCAUUUGGAAUCCCAUUGGGACCAACUACCCAAGGAUCCCCAAGUGAUUAUUUACAUGUGACUCCGAAGGAGAACUAUAGGCCCAAGAUGAUUGCCAGGAAAGAACCAGAUAUAACUAUGGAUGAUUUAGCAUUUAGAAAUCUUCGAAAAGAACAAAGGGACCAAUCCAACAAGGAAGUAAAUGUCGCUGAGCUGGAUGAGCUCCUAUCGGAAGCCAAUAAUGAAUCUCCAGUGUACAGAAGGAAAACAGUUCGCUCAGCAUCAGCUGACCGAGCACACUCCUUGAGGGGAGACACUUCAGACAGUGCAAGCAACAACAUUAAUGAUAGACGGUUAAAGCUACAGACACCAAGACGAGUGAAACAUCAAAAUGAAGCACGCCGAUCUGGUCGCUUCUUUGGCAACGAUGCUGUAGGUGACAGCGAAACUACCAAAACAACUAACGCUCACAGUCCUCGCCACAACCCCAGCUGGCUGGAGCGAGCCCACUUGCUAGACAACAAAUGGGAUAACCUUAGCACAAAUAAUUUAAGUACUAGCACUGAGACCCUGACAGAACUGUCGUCGGUACGAGCCGUGUCACAGCCAGACAUACGGCAAGCGAUAAUUCGUGAGGCUCGAAUACCACCCGGAGGACCCCAGAACAUUGGUUUCGGACCUCAGACGGUUACGGUUACUGCCCUGACGACUGCCACCACGGCCAGCGUCACCAUCGCCACCAUAACAGCACCUAAGAUAGUGACAGUGCAAACCAUACAGAGCGCCCCUGUGUCACCUGUUGUGGUGGAGAGGAAGCCACCAUACCGGCCCCUAGACACUAUCUUCAACAACAAGGCCAAACCUUUCUACUUGGCAGAUGCCAAACCCCAGACUCAACAUCAUCAAGAUCACGUUGAUAUAGCAAAGCUCGAUGCUCUCAUAUCCACACUCUCCAAGAUCGACAAUAAUGAAGACAUGUCCGAUGCGUCUUCCGUAACUUCCAAAAACACCGAUGAACCACCGGUCACAGACUUUGAUACUCAGGAACUCAAAAUAAAGGAAGAACCCACUUAUGAAAACGUAUUUGAGCCCCAAACCAUUGUGUCACAAUCCACUGCGAGUCAUAGUAUACAGAACGAAAAGACCAGUGCCAAAGUGAAUAUCGGGAAGGCCAUCAGGUUGUCCAUGGCCUUGGAGUCUUAUAGCAGUGAAGGCGAGAGGGACGACCAUUUGGACCACGACGCCUCGCCGCACCGCACUGGAAAGGGUCGCUCGCCGCUGAAGGAGGCGCAGAAGGGUAGUGACGGGGAGCGUCCCAAGGAGAGACAGAGGAGGAGCGAGUCUGAGAGACAUAAGCCGAAGGACAGGCCGAAGGAGAGACAGAAGGAGCGGCCCUCUGAGGCUGAAAAACUGAAGGAAAGGGAGCGAAAGGAUAAGAAAUUGGAGUAUGAUCGGCUGAAGAUCGGUGAUAGGGAGAGACAGAGAGCAGCUAAGGCGCAGGGAAGUGAAGAGAAGGAACGUAGGAGAAAGUCGCAGGAGAGGGAGAAGAGAAAGUCUCUGGAAGAUCGUGAGAGGAGAAGGAAGAGUGAAGAGAGAGAGAGGAGGAAGAGUGUGGAGAGGGAACGAAAGAAGAGCAUAGAACGAGAGAAGAGGAGAAGCGAGGAGAGAGACAACCGAAGGCACCCAGAGAAGCAGAGACAGGGAGAAGAGAGAGAGAAGAGGAGAGAGAAGCAGAGACCAGAGAACGCCGACGAUGGGAGGCCAGGCUCGCCAGAGAAGACAAUAAGCAGUAGCAGCAGCAACAGCAGCAGCAGCAGGAGGAGGAUGGUGCAGCAGAAGAGCAGCGGGGCCGGUGCUGGGGGCGGGUCACGCACCGACCUACCGGAGGCCGAGCAGGCCGAGCGGGCCGAGCAGGAGCGAAGGGAGAGGAUACAGAGAUACAAGGACGAGCGCCGCAAGCAAAUCGCUGCCAGGUAUGGGACAGCGGAGUGGUCUUCGUCGGAGGAGAGUGGCGGGGCGGGCGAGGAGUCGUCCUACUUGGCCUACCGCAGGAGGCGGCGCCGGGGCCGCGAUGUUGACACCUCCUCCACCGAACUCUCUCCCCUCGACGCCACCUCCAGAGUCCAAGAGAACGGGUCGUCGCUUGAGGGCCGUGGGCGGCGGGCGGUGGGCGGGUCGUCGUCUGAGGAUGUGGUAAUGGGCGUGAGGUCCACCCGUACCUCUCGCCUUCGCCACGCCGCCCUCUCCUCCUCCUCCAACAACAACAACAACAAUAACAACCUCAUUAAUAACAACUCCAGCUCCGCCCAAGACGUCGCCAGAGACCCCGCCACGCCCGCGCACGAGAAGGCCGCCGCCUCCCCUGACCAAGCCUGUCACAAGCGUGUUCCAGACCAGGGCGUGGGCGGGGACUCCGCGGACUCUACACUGAGCGGUAGUGAUGGACGUGGCGGACGGCGGCGACGACAGAGCGUUGAGGACAGAGAUAAGUCCCACAAGAGGAAGUCCAAUCUUAACCGGUCGGCCAACAGCGAGGAACCCGCGGCCGACGUCUUCGCCUCGCUCCGUCCCACCGACGCUAAUGAGGAGACUCCAAGACGUCGGCGUCGUCGCGGGCCGCCAUCGCCGGUGAGCGCCAGCCUCUCUGGAGCAGGGGCCGAGCCUCUCAAAACUCCUGAAGUGGUGUGCCAUGUGGUGUCACGCCUCGGGCCCCCAUCUAGCCCGCCCACCCAUCCGCCCGCACAACCCUCGCCGCCGCCCACUCGCCGUCACCCGUCCCCACAGCCUACUCUCCCAGCCCAUACCUUCCAGCCCAUCCAGCCUGCCCUACCCCAAGACACAACACACUCGGCGCCCUCCACCCUUGACUCACGCUCAAGGUUCGCACCCGACGGCGAGACUCGCCGUGUGAGUAGCGCACUUGGGGAGCGUUCGGAAACGGAAGAAGGAUUUGUGCGGAAAGUACCACCGAAGCUAGCACCUCUGCGAAAACCCGAGAUCCCGGAUGUAUUGCGGCCUAAAGACACGACUGGCCUAGCGUCGCCAGGCGUUGUCAACACUCCCCCAAAUUCCAGACCAUCGUCAGUGGUGCUAGAGAAACCACCACUUGCUCCUGAAGGACAGAGACCUGCAGCUGUUCGUUCCUCCUUGAGGAAGCCUUCAGAUACUGGCACUUGUUUUAUGGCAGCUCGUCGAGAGAAGCGUGACGAAACGAAGCCCGAGAACAUCUUCCGAGAACUUCAACAACGACCAAGGAAAGGAGACAGACUUUCAAAAUCCGACAUGAAUCUAAAGAUUGAGUCUAGUUAUUCUGGUAAACAGAGUGAUUCUCUCUCACCUGGAGGCUCGGAUCUAGACGCCUCUGGAGCUAUUUCCUCGCCAACAAUGCCCACGAAUGGCGAUACAGUCAACUCAGAGUUAAUGAGCAGCCGCCUAGAGGCCCUUACAGCUCGAGCGAGAGAGACCAUAGAAAGGGUAGACCGUCUUGCCAAUGACAGCCCACCACCACUCCCUGAGACUAGCCCGCCGGAGGACAGUGCCGACAAUGUGGUUCAUGAAUGUGAGGAAUAUCUUACUGUGAAUGCCAGUCGAAAAGAGUCGACCGUAGGUGUUAGGCCUCGAGAGACUAGUGCAGCUGAUUCCCGCGGUGAUAGACUUCAGGCUCCAGCUGUUAUGAAGGGUGUUGUGUCUGACACGGGUCAGAAAAACUGGGUCGGGGGCUCUGAAGGACGUGGUAAAGAAAGUAAGCGGGUGGCUAUGGAAAAAGAAAUGAACAGAGAUAAUAAACGUGAUUCUAGCCAAGUUGCAGUUCAAGAAAAAGUAACUGCUGCCUCCGCAGUGCCUUCAGGGCCCCCGGAUCAUGGUGCCUUGAUAAAUGACAAUAUAAAACCUCCACCAGAAGAAGUAGUGCAUGGUCUUCAGCAUGAAGGAUAUGACGACGAAGACCUAGGCUCUCCCGACUCUUCUCAGAUAAGAAGCCCGGACCACCGUAGCAACAAGCGCAGUUCAAGACGUUGUUCUCUGGAUGGCGACACUUCACGCACUAACUCUCCAGAUCCCCACUCUAUUCUGAAGCGGCGCUCUUCUCGUGAGGAUGUUGCCAACGACCGGCCAACUACACCAGAGCCACACAGUAUACUCAAACGGAAAACAAGCUCACGUGCAUCAAGCAUAGACACAAUAGAGGGCGAGCCAAGACCAAUAUUAAAGAAAAAGAGUAGUAUAGAAGAGCUUGAUCAUUUUGAACCAAGACCUAUAUUGAAGAAAAAGUCUUCUACUGACGAUGAGCUUGAUGACAGACCUCGGUCAAUUCUCAAAGGUGGACGCAGUAGAGAGGACCUUGACCGGGUUGACUGUGUCACUAUUCUUAAAAGGUCGCCGAGGUGCGACAGUGAAGGAGAGGGAGAAUUACGACCGAUUCUAAAGAGGCGAGAGACAACUGAUGGUGUGAGACUGAGGCUUCACGUGUCUGAUGGGGAAGAUGUGGAGAGUGAAGCGCCCAGUGUGAGAAUGAGAAGUGACUCUGCCCCCGAGGCUGUGAUACGUAUUAGAGGGCGCUCUCCUCCUGCACCAUCUGCUACUCCUUCACAUGGAAUUUUAAAGAAACGCGGUGCACAAUCACCAGGCCGCUUUGAUCAAAUGGAUAGUGAAUUGGGAGCAAUCCUGCGUUCUCGGAGGUCACAAGGCCCCGAGGACAAUGAUAAAGAGAAUGACAUGACAAAUCGCCCAGUUAGUCCUUCCCUUGUUGCACUGAUCAGAAGAGAGGACUCGGCUAGUAGAUCUGGAGAGCGGCCACUGAGCGUAGCUGAAAGAGUAGCUGGCAUGGAAGCUGGCAGACAGGAACCUCCGCCCGUUCAACACUCUCCCACUCCUUCCCGAAGUCCUGGUGCUAGGCCCAAGGUCACGCCGUCCUUCUUUGAACGUCCUCAGACACCCACUGACAGGGAGAGGGAGAAUCGAAGAAACAGUGCCUUUGGCCUUGUGGCUGAUCCCUCGCCUGUUGACAGCAUAGAAGCCAUUAACGAAGCUUUUUUGGACCGUCCAGUAGUUGAAGCUUACAAUAGUGCAAUGUCUUCUGGCUGUGAUACAACCCCUGACACACCUUCUUCAGUAUCACAGAGAGCUGCUUUCUUUGCACAACUGGAGCGCGAGCAGACCUCGUCUGACGGCACGCCUGUGGUUUCCAGCCGUAGCACACGCUUUAGCAGCAGAAGAGACCGGGGAACCAGAUUUGAGAAGAUAGCGAACUUCUUUGAAAUGCAUGCAACACAGCCUGUAACGGACGAUGAGGUGAGCCAAGCUGCAAGGCUGGCCGAUGCAUCAGAUUCUGCGUCGGCUUCUCACGAUUCAGACUCGGCUCCUCCACGUAGAGGCUCACUGCCAUGGAAGAGUGGCACACAAGGAGAUUCUAGUAGCAGUCACCACAGCAAACACAAGAACGGCAGCAGUAAUAGCGUGGGUGCCCGUGUAGCUCUUUGGACAAAGAGACUGGAGGAGGAGCGUUUAUCAGCUCCAACUCUUGAUGGGGCCCAGGCCAUAAGACGUCGUUCCCGUUCUGCACGCUUCAAGACACAGCCGGUGACAUUGGAGGAGGUGGCCCAUGCACAUGCCUUUAACAGCCAGAAUGUCAGCACCACCACAGGAACCCCUGAGGAACAGGAACUAGCGAGUGGUUUUCGUGCUGCUCGUGAUGCAGUUUUGAGGAAUGCUGGUGAGGUGAUGCAGGGACUUACUCCCGGCUCCUCACCAAGACGACGCCCUACAAGCAGGAAAACUUCUCUUAAUGAACCUGAUGAAGAAUACUCGUCAGAUCCAGUGCGAGGUAUCCUGAAACGUGAUGGUUCUGGAGGCUCACGAGAAGCACAGCGGGACAGUCCUCGAUCUAUCCUCAAGCAUUCUUCUUCCGACUCUCGUCGGGCCUCUUUUUCAGAGUCUGAACAUCCAAGGGGAAUUCUAAAAUCUGAUAGUCCUUUACCACCUUCCAUUGGAUCUCCAGAGCAUGAAGCUAAACUGCUUAGGGGUGUGCUGAAGAAGGAUUCAAGCUUGGAAGACUCCAAAGAAAUUAAAUCUAUUUUGAAGCCUGAAUCUGAGAGCCUAGAGCCAGACCAUUCCUCUGAUUCAUCCUCAGAUGAUGUGACCCUCACCACAGCCAACACACCGCAAGGACCAGAAUGUGAUAUAGCAGAAUCAAUCCGGGACAUUGAUCCUAUUCGACAUAAGGAUGACUCGCACAAGAGUGAUACCCCACACAAGGUUGAUCCCUAUAAGACGGAACAUCACCGAGCAGAUCUUGCAGAAGCAUUAAGACAGGUCGAACCAAUUAAGUCUAAGGAUGACCUUGCCGAAGCCUUGAGACAGAUUGAACCCAUCCAUUCAAAGGAACGCAGCAGAGAAAAGGAAGACAAGGGAAAGGACGAGACGCAGACGAUCGGUGUUAGAGAAUUCUCAUCAUCCACGAAGGCGACAUCUAGCAUGACAACCAUGGUAACAAUGGCAGCAACUGUAUCGUCCUCAUCUGCAGCUACAACAAACUCUUCAUCCUCAACCUCUGAAAGUGAACACAAGACCAUCAAGAAUGAGACUGUUGUUAGACGUAGAAAUACGCACUCCAGACGAUAUGAUGAGCGCCGGAGCAUGGUGGAGCUGCGCGACUUGGACCAACAGGAGGCGCCUGAAGACGCCGUCGAGGUCUCCCGCCAUGACACCAGCGAGUCCUCGUCCUCCUCAGACUCCGCCGACGGCCUGGUGAGGACCUCUCGGACAGUCCACACCAGGUCCUGUGUCACCUUGGAGAUGGACGCCUCGCAGAUCCUCCAACAGUCGCCCAUCUUCAAGGACAAGUCGUCCACGUCGUCGUCCUCGUCGCCCGAGCAGAGCAGGUCGGAGAGGGGGACAACAGGGGGCUCCUCAUCCCCCUCCGUCUCCAUCAAUGCUCGAUUAGCAGCUCUUCAGCGGAGUGGGGAGGAUGGCUGGAAGAACCGGGUUAAGAAAGAAGGAAAAGAUGUCAACUCCAAUGUCACACUCCGACCCAAGCCUGUUGGAGGUUUGCGGGAACGACCUGUUAGUCUCAUGGAUAGAAUGUCUGCUCUGGAGACGUCGUCACAACAAUGGCGGGGUCGGAUCACGCAGUCUGAUGCCACGAAGUUUACUGUGGCGCACAAGAUGGCAUCAUCGUCUACAUCAUCAGUACCAUCCAUUGUUGGUGGAAAUAGUCCACUCAUCAUCGUGACCCCAGAGCAGCCAUCCACGCCAAUAGGAAGUCCCCUUUUGGAGCGUAAGAAGAGGUCACCAUGUCAAAAAGUUUUCAAAAGCAAGACUGGAGGAAAUCUUCCAGCACUUUUAAAUAAAUCCAGUCCACUUUCUUCACGAAAGGACUUCAGACGUAGUAUUUCUACUCCAAAUGAUGGAGAAAAGAGAGCUGAAAUACUUGAGGGCACGAGUGUGUCUGUACCUCGGGCCGAUGACGAGUCGUUCACUUCCUUCUUUAGUCGCACCACCUCGACGGAACCCUCACUCUUCCCUGAUGUUGAUGUACCCAUAUUGGAAGAUGCAGAUUUUGAUCUAAUCUCUGAAACUGCAUCCCAGCUUGUGGUAAAGCGGCGUAGUGUACGAGUAACUCGUCGUCAAGUGGCAUCUCGUAACCCAUUGAAGACUUUGGCUGCUCGUGAGGAUCUCAAGUCGGAAUACACUGAAGUAAAGAUGGGUGUAGGUGAGAGGGAACUACGUAGAAUGAAGGUGCAAGAACUUUCCAAAGGCUCACCAAUGGCAGUCGAGGCACUGGCAGGUCUGGCAUCUCGGGAGAACUUCUCCGCUGUAGCUUUGAAGAAAGUUGAAAGCACACCAGUGAUUCGAGAAAUGGCCCCUUACACUUCACUAAUGCUUUUGCAAAUAAAGGGCCGGCGUCAUGCUCAGACAAGAUUGGUUGAACCCAUAGCAUCUAGUAUUAACCAAGGGGAUGACUUUGUCUUAAUAACUCCCACAGACGUAUAUCACUACAAAGGGGAGUUUUCAAAUGUCAUUGAGAGAGCUAAAGCUGCUGAAAUUGCUCAGUACAUUUUACAAAAGAAAGACAUGGGUGUCACUUCUGCUAAGAAUCUUGUAGAAAUGGAUGAAAAUUCUCCAAGUGGAAGAAAAUCUAAAUUCUGGAAAUUACUUGGUGGUGAUGAGACAAGUGAAGGUCAACCAGGAGGCCUACCUGACGAGGAUGAGUAUGUGGAGGCAGCACUUGUAGCCGUCAAUAAAGUUUACGAGGUUCAAGAUGACUCGCUCGUUCCACUUGCAGAUUCCUGGGGACAGAUGCCAAAAAUAGAAAUACUUGUAUCUGAUAAGGUACUCGUGUUUGACUUUGGCUCCGAGCUGUAUAUAUGGGCAGGAAAACGUGCAUGCAGUGAUAAACGAAAAGUUGGUCUGGCAUUAGGUCGGGAACUAUGGGAAGAGCAAUAUGAUUACUCCGAGUGUGACAUUAACCCCAUCGUGCCUAUGACCCCAGUAUCAAAGGCAAAGAUGAAAGGUUCUCGGCCAGAAUGGGGCAUGUGUGCCAAGCUUACAGAAAAUGUAGAAACCAUUCUCUUUAAGGAAAAGUUUAUAGAUUGGCCUGAUCUAGCUCAGCAAUCAAGAAUAAAGGAAGUGAAGAAGGAGCUUGAUCGCCAUGUAGCUCCUGUAUGUGAGCUGCAGCCCUGUGAUGCCAAAAUGAUGCUAGAGGAAUUACCACUUGAACCUGACCUGGUGCUGGAAAUGAGUCACUUGGGUCGUGGGGUGGAAUACUACGACGAAGAGGAGCGACGCCUCUUAAGCAUCUCGACGAAUGAUUUCAAGGUCUGGCAUGUGUCAGAAUAUGGAAAAGUGUUGAUGGAUGCAACGUCCCAUAGUCAUCUACAUGCUGGAGAUACAUAUGUCGUGCGAUGGUACUACCUAAUUACAGCAACGGGCAGAACUCUCAAGGGUGAGCCAUCAAAGCACAAUGUGACUGGUAGGUCACGAGUGGCCUACUUUUUCUGGCAGGGACGCGAAAGCUCUGUGUCCGAUAAAGGUGUGUCUGCUCUAAUGACGGUAGAAUUAGACGAAGAACGUGGCCCUCAUGUACGCGUGUCUAUGGGGAUGGAGCCACCGGCUUUUCUCAAUUUGUUUCAAGGUGGACUUGUGAUACACCAAGGACACAAAGAUGACGAUCAUGCAAAUAAGCAGUGGAAAUUGUUUGUAGUUCGUGGAGAGAUGGAGAAUGAAGGACACUUGGUCGAAUUGGAAGUGAGCUCGACACAUUUGAGAUCCCGUGGUUGCCUCAUCUUGGCCAAUAUGCAAACAGGUGUUAUCCACUUAUGGCAUGGUGCCAAAGCUUUAAAACACACACGCAAGGUUGGCAGCACAGCAGCCCAGAAACUCUCCGAAACAUCAGAUAUUGCAAUGGGAUGGAAGAAAGAUGUCGCCAAAAAGAUCAAGGAACAGUAUGAGGGUGCCGAAUCUCGAGAGUUUUGGGAAGGUUUUGGAGGAUCAUCUUCCAAAAACAAACAUUUCAGUCUCUUAGAAGAUGAUCAUUCUUAUGACUGGACUCCACGUGUAUGGCAGCUAGAACCAACCCACGACUCGUUCCAAGCAACAGAGGUGAUCUGCAGUUACCGAGCAACAUCCUUGCCCAACCCACUGCCUGUUUUACAGCUUGACUUGUACUCGGUUCCUCAACCAGCACUGUUUUUGGUCGAUGCUUGUCACCGAGUAUGGGUGUGGCAAGGCUGGUGGCCUGACGAGACUUCAGAAGGAGAGGACUUCAGUGCAACUGGUUCGGCGGUGCUGCGCUUCAACUUUGCUCGCCGUGCUGCUUUAGAAACGGCACUCAGUUACUGCAAACUUAAGGCCAAAGCUCAAGCAAAGGCCAUUGCUGCAAAAAGCUAUAAAAAGGUCGAGGUUGAUGUUGACGUAGUGGAGCCCCAGCUUGUGGUUGCGGGAUUAGAACCAUUACAAUUUACCAACAUAUUUCCUACAUGGACGCCUAGACCUGAUGUCACUGCCAUCCAAGAGAAGGAGGGAAGGUGGAAACAAGAUGGCCAGUACUUGGUGUCCGACAUCUUAGCCCAGCUCUCUCGUACCGAGUACUCCUUUGCUGAGCUUAUUGUCAAGCCAUUACCAGACGGUGUCGAUCCUCUUCAUCUUGAGGUUUACCUCGGCGAGGAGGAGUUCACGCAGGUCCUUGGCAUGGGCCGUGAAGAAUUUUAUAGCUUGCAGAGCUGGAAACAGACAGAGUUGAAGAAAAAAGCUAAAUUAUUUUAACAAAAAACUGAAUAAAUAAUGCAUUUAAAGCAGUCUUAAAGUAUUGCUGUCAAGAGUGAAUCUCAUGUCAGGAGUAGUCAAUAUCAGAUGAAAAUAGAGGUCAUUGGUCAAAAUUACUAACAUAAUUAAUGUUUAGUAAAUUUUAUUACAAAGCAAAAACUACAAAAAUCAGAAAAAUGUACAUAAAUUUGUGUAUACUGUAAUAAAAUGUAAAGCUUUUAAAUUUGUUGCCCCUUUUUCAUACAAUUUCAACAUGGUUUGGAGCUUUAAAAAAAAUUCUAUUGUAUAUAUGGUGAUAAAAUGUGGCAAAUAUUUUAACAUUGACACGGUUGUGUUGCUCUUCCAUUUCAAUACUAAAAUGUAUACUAAAAUUACUGUAUGUAGUCUGGUGAACACAUUCAGCCUUCAGUUGUACAUGAAAAAGUUUUGUUUGCAUAAGGCUUGUGUGGGUGUAAGAGUCAGUGUUGAUGCGAGUUGGGGGCUUGGAGAGGAUUUUUGCCCAUCCAGUACCCCUCUCCUUUCACCUAUGGCAACUGUUCUAUGUGCCUUUCCACAUGCUAGCAUGCAUUUGUCUGCCAAAUCUUAGUGUCUUCUGCAAAGUGUGACUAAGGUGUCAUAUUAAUCUAUUUUUGACACCUCCCUCCAGUACCUCCAGGCAACAGUCACCUCCAGUAGUGGCCUGAGUUUACCUUGCCAGCCUUACUAAGGACAUUCUGGUGUUUUGACGGUAGUCCUCCAGAUGAAGUAAUAGUCUUGAGUAGGGCUUAACUACCCACUCAAGUGUUGCUCGAGGUGAUGCCUGUGCCUUGAAAUUUAUUUUGGCUCUCCUUUGCGAGUUUCAAAUGUGACCACUCUACAGUAGUCAAACCAAUGCGAGUCUAGUCCAAACCCUGGUAAAGAUGAUGUAUGAGGUUUAGGGUCUGAAUUUUGAAAUUGCUGAACAUGUUAAAUUUGUAAUUUUUUUAAUCAACCAAAAUAUAUUGUAUUACAAGCAAUAGCUUUAUAUGCAGUGCUAAAUUCAGACUUCAUGGGAAAGAAAGAGAUGUUGAAUAUUUCUCUUCCUGUUGCUGUAACAGGUGGGGGGGGAAAUUUUGUGACAUCUAUUAAAUCCUGUGGUGCCUCUGGUUAGGAAGUUUGUACAUAACUGAUGCAUUUGUAUCUUAUAUUAUGCUGACCUUUAUAGAUAUACUAAGUUGUAUUGCUAUUGCAAAUGGUUAUAUAAUCCUGUAAAUAUAAAAUGCCUCUUUUUUUGUAAUUUUGCUACUUUGUGACAUGUACAGACCAUUUCCCUUUCUAGUGUCAGCAUGUUCAAUGUUCUCCUGACCCUACCAAGCUCACUGAAGCUUAGAAUGUUAGGUUAGUGAUUCUCAUGUGUGCAACUCUGCUUGGUUUUGUGAUACUUUCAUCCUAAAUGAAACCAAGUCAAGAAGUGUUGUUAUACAAGUCCAAUUAAAUUUUGUUUAGAACGGAUUUUAAUUGGAGGUCAGCUUUAUAUGCAAUAAUUAUUUAAAAACAUUUUUCAUAUUGUAUAACAGUUAUUGAAAACGUAUCUGAUAAGAAAUUUAUUAUUGUAUAGUUUCUCUCCUAUUUCUUCCAGAUUCUCAGUGUGACUGCCCAGGCCAAAGACCCGCUGGCAGUCUGGGUAAUGGGGUUUUGCUCACCUUUUGAGGGGGUACUUAAUCAGUAAUUGACAACCAAUAGUAAAUAUUUGUAGGUCUUUUAUUUUAAUAUAUGUAAACUAUGUUUAAUAAAUUAUUGGAUAUUAAUGUAUCCCUCAAGGGUUGUUUUAAGAAUUAUGACAUGAAAGUCAUAAUUACUGAGACGUGUUUAACCUCUACAAGUUGCUAACUAUAUUUUGUUAUGCAGUUUUGCCCAUAUAUAUAUAAUUUGGCACUUUUUUGUAAUUAAUUUAGUGGUUUCUUCAUUAACCACAUUUUAAAUGUACAUAGAAAUCUUCAUGUAAUUUAUGCUAAAUACAUGUGUCUUUCCACUA